AUGAGCUCCGAUUCCGACUCGGAAAGCUCUCUUGAGCACGUCUCGCCUGCGGCCUCCGUGGCCGUGUCGCUGGCGUCCAUGGACACUGAAGAACACAACGAGCUAUACGACCACAGACGCCUGCCGGACUCGCUGCCUGUGCGUCGAAACUCGGAUGCUCCCAAAGCGCCAGACUCAAGAUCCUCACUCACCGACGAGAAGCGCAAUCUCUUUAAAGUCUCGCCUCGCGCUGCCCGUCCAGGUAUUGAGUUCGACAACGACUCUGACGACGAAGACCCUCACAUCGAGGGCUCCCAUAUAAAACUCUCGGCCACCAACACUAACAAUGCCCGGCCCUCCCGCAUCGCACACUCCAUGCCACACCAAAAACAAUUAUACUUUAACUCAGGCCCCGCCCAGAAUUUGAGCGCGCCUUCUCCCAUGCUCCCCAGAAAAUCGUCCAAGAAUUCUGGUCCCCUCGAAGAAGCAGGAAACAUGAAGAAAGGGAAGGCCAGAACCAGUUCGGAAUCUUCCUCUACCAAACCCUUGCACUUCUUGUCCAAGACCAUAUCAGCAAGGUCCAACCAAAGCGAUACUAUCAGAGAUCAAGCCAUGAGACGCAGACUAUCAAGAGUCUCCAUCGAAACUGAUAACUCACAUGCGUCCCGGGAAUCACAAGAAACAGAGGAAGAUGUGUGUUUUCCAAUGCAGCGCUUGGAGCACACCAGAAUUAACGGCAUUGAUUUCGACGAGCUCGAAGAAUUUGCAAUUCAAUCCAGAGAAGAGAGUUUGAGUAAUGCAAUGAACGUCGCAAAUGUGGAGCCGAUCGAAAUCAAUCAGCCAGGGAUCACAAAAGAAGGCUCCUCUUCUUCUACCGCCACCACUACUUCGACAGCAGCUCUGAAAUAUACUCCCAAAGCGCCAUCGCCCGAAGUGAAGAAACCGAUGGCUCAAAACCAAGAUUCAGUCGCUUCUGCUCCCAACGGUAUCUAUUUUGGGAACAACAAGGUCGAAAAUGACGACUUGGAAGGCGUGCCUGCAUCCUUCGCCUCUCAAAACGAAAACUACGUUGUGCCCGACAGAUUCUCUUUCUUUUGUUCCGAUUCGGAUGAAACCGUCCAUGCUCCAGAUAUCGCCUCGCUUGUGAAGCCAGGAGACACCUUCCGGGAGCUUUUUAGAGAUGGUGCACCAACUUGGUGGCUAGAUUGUGUCUGUCCCACAGAUGAGGAGAUGCGUUGUAUUUCAAAAGCUUUUGGCUUGCAUCCGUUGACAGCUGAGGAUAUUCGAAUGCAGGAGACACGUGAAAAAGUAGAGCUGUUCAAGAGUUACUACUUUGUUUGUUUUCACACAUUCGAAGGUGAUCAUGAAUCUGAAGACUUUCUUGAACCUAUCAAUGUUUACAUUGUAAUUUUCAAGGAGGGUGUGCUGACUUUUCACUUCGGCCCCGUAUAUCACUGUUCGAAUGUUAGAAGGCGUGUAAGACAAUUACGGGACUAUGUGGAUGUAAGCUCUGACUGGUUAUGCUACGCCCUGAUCGAUGAUAUUACUGAUAGUUUUGCGCCAGUUAUUCAAGCUAUUGAAUACGAAGCAGAUGUUAUUGAAGAUUCGGUGUUCAUGGCCCGUGAUAUGGACUUCUCGGCAAUGCUACAGCGGAUUGGGGAAAGCAGAAGAAAGACAAUGACUUUAAUGAGGCUCUUAAGCGGCAAGGCAGAUGUCAUCAAAAUGUUUGCUAAAAGAUGUCAAGACGAGUUGAAUGGAAUUGGCCCUGCAUUAACGUCUCAACUUAACAUCGCCAAUCUUCAAUUCACUCAGAAGGCUCAAACACAGGGGGUUCCACAAAUGCAAAGUGUGCCUAAUAUUUACCCUCCCAGGGCCCAACCCAGAGCUGACAUCGCCCUCUACCUGGGCGAUAUUCAGGAUCACGUCGUGACCAUGUUUCAGAACCUGCUCUCUUACGAGAAGAUUUUCUCACGGUCUCAUGCCAAUUAUCUGGCCCAGCUUCAAGUGGAGUCUUUCAAUUCCAAUAACAAAGUCACAGAAAUGCUGAGUAAAGUCACGCUCAUUGGUACGAUUCUUGUGCCUCUCAACAUUGUCACUGGUUUGUUUGGGAUGAAUGUUCCAGUUCCUGGUGGAGCAGAUGGAAAUAGGUUAGGAUGGUUUUUUGGUAUUAUGGGAGUGAUGGCAUUUAUUGCUUUGACCUUCGCUCUUAUAUCUCACUUGUGGCUCAGCAGGAUUUCUGCACCCUCGACAUUGAAUGAAGCUGCUGAAAGUGGCACACGGUCAAUUAUGAACACGCUAAGGCCAAGGGGGUCACGGAUUGCAAAGAAUGAUCCAUAUAGAAAAGGAGGCACCAACAGGUCUAUGUCCAGCUUCCAAAGGUAA